UCACAUGACAAGACGAAGGCUGACCUGACAGAAUACCUGGCAAGAAAGACACUUGAUUACAGCAAAGACUCUUCCAAGCUGAUCAUCACUUCAGCAUCUGGAGUAACCAGAAGUAACAAAGAUGUUGGAAUCUUUGAUGACAAUAACCACGAGGAAGCAGACACAUUAAUGAUAUGUCUAGCAGUAUCUGCAUCAAGAAGAAACCAAGGUGAUAUACAGCUGAGAUUCUUCUCCCCUGACACUGAUGUGUUUGUACUGGCAAUUGCCAACUAUGAUUUGCUGCCUAAGUAUACAUCUAUCUCAAUGGUGUCUGGGAUCCUACAGAUCCAGCCUUUCUGGGAUACUCUUGGUAACAAGAAGGCAAAGGCAUUACCAGCUUUCCAUGCCUUUUCUGGUGCAGACAAUACAGGAAGAUUUGCAGGAAUAGGCAAGGCCACAUGGCUGAAAAUUUAUCUAUUAGCUGAUGAUGAUAUCAUUGAAGCUCUGAGGAUGCUAGGCAAUGACAGUGAAGUUACAGAGAAAUGGCAGAAGAGUUUGGCUAGAUUUGUGUGUGCAGCUUAUUCUCCAAAAGGAAUCAACAUCAGAAGUAUUCCAGAGCUGAGAUGGCACAUGUUCUGCAAAUACAUGGCAGACAGUGACAAGCUUCCCCCAACAGUUGGUGCCCUCAAGCAACACAUUCUGAGGGCCCAUGCUCAGGCUCGUGUCUGGGACCAGGCAGCCAUCCCACAACAAGAACUGUUGGAUCCACUAGAGAAUGGCUAUUACAAAGAUAACAAAGGUAUGAUGAAACCCAUUACCACAGAAGUUCCUCCUGCACCCGAGGCCAUUAUUGAGAUGGUGAGAUGUCACUGCAAGAGCGACUGUUCUUCACAGAGAUGCUCCUGUCGAUCAAAGAACUUGCGGUGCACUGAUCUUUGUCUCUGUACUAACCAGUGUGAAAAUGAUGAAGAUUCACAAGCUGAUAUUCAUGGUUCAGAUGACAGUGAUAGUGAUAAUGAUGAAUGAGACUAUACUUUCAGGAAAGACUACCUAUACUGUUCCUAUUUCAGACAUUAAAUUGUGUUUUACGAAUGACACAUUUAUAAGCAAAGAUUUACGUCGGUUACAUGUUAAGAUAUCAAUCGUUUGAUGCUCAAUUUUAUAAUUUUUCAUACUGGAUAUACCAUGUAUACAUUGCUUACAUAUUAAACAGGUAAAUUUUUUCAUUUCCAUUGAAUCUUGGUGCCUGAUCAUACAAUGUAAUGCUUCAAAGUGAAGAUUUAUAGGCCAUGAUUAGAUAAAAACUUCAUUUUUGA